CACGGGGCGCCAAUGGGAGCCGUGCGGAAGGUGGGAUUGAGACAAGUUUAAUUAGUGGCCGCACUACCUGAGGAAGCUGCAACAAAGUAGCCCGAGAAAAACACACACACAACACGCCACCAAAAUGCUGAGCUUGGGCUCGGGAGGCGGAAAAACAGCCAAGCCUUCUUUCGUCUCCUACGUUUCUCCAGAGGAAAUAAAAAAAAAGGAUGGUAAUGAUGACCUGAAGCCACACUUACUACCAGGGGAACUUGUAAUUUGUGAAGCGAACACUGUUGUGAAAUAUAGUCGGGAAGAUUCCCUACAACGGGGCUUUUAUGGAAAACUCAUCUGCACAAAUUUCAAGAUUUCCUUUUUAAGUGCUGAGCAGCUGGUGGAUGAUGUGGACCAAUCCUAUAGGAAUAAACUGAUGGGUGAAAAUGACAUAUCCUUACUUUGCGUGGACCAGAUAUUUGGAGUUUAUGAUGAUAAAAAGAAGCCAUUGCUGCCUGGUGCUAUAAAGAACAAAAUUCCUGAGAAGUUGCUGCUCUACUGCAAAGACUUUCGGGUCUUUCAGUUUGGUUUAAGAUACUCCAAGGAAGAGGAUGCAAGAAGGUUGAUCCGAGGGAUCGUUCACCAUUGUUUGAAUCCAACUUCUUUAAAAUGUUUGUUUGCUUUCUCCUACGUUGGCCCAGCUGGUGGUCUUAAAGUUGGUCCUGGAGCUGAACGCGAACCUUCAACGUUAAUGUUUGAAACCAAAGUUGAUUGGAAAGUGGAACUGGAGCGCACAGGGGGUCUAUUGAGCAACAGAAUAAUUUCCAUUAAUGAAAAUUACCGCCUUGACCCUCGACUUCCACAGUUCUUUGCUGUUCCUUCGUCUGUUACUGAUGAUGAUAUCAAGAAACACAAAGGAAGAGGAAUACCCCUUUGGUGCUGGUCUCACGCGAGUGGGUGUGCAUUGCUGAAGAUGGCAACUCUGCCUGAAACAGCUGAUGACAGUACUUUACAAACAGACAGAGGUUGGACAGACAGGGUGCUUCAUGUUCUCGGAGAAACACAUCCCUCGAAUCACAUGGUCAGGACUGAGGUCCUUUCAACCACUCUUCCAACUCUGCAGGAAAUACAGGCUUCUUACAACCGAUUUAAACAACUCUUUUUGAUGGAUAAUGCUGCUGAUUUCUGGGAAUCUGACAUUAAGUGGCUGUCUACAAUAGAGAAUGCAAAUUGGUUGGAAAUUAUCAGGCAAUGUCUGAAGAAGGCAUUGGAUAUUGUUGAAUGCCUGGAGCAUAAAAAUACAUCUGUGGUGCUUAUGGAAGAAAAUUGCUCUGAUCUGUGCUGUGUAAUAGCUAGUCUGGUCCAGGUGAUUAUAGAUCCACAUUUUAGAACCAUAUCUGGCUUCCAGAGUUUAAUUCAGAAGGAGUGGGUGAUGGGGUGCCAUUGCUUUCUAGACCGAUGUAAUCAUCUGCGAGGCAAUGAUAAAGAGGCACCGGUAUUUCUUCUCCUCUUGGAAUGUAUAUGGCAAUUGCUUCAGCAAUACCCACCAGCGUUUGAAUUUACUGAAACUUACCUGACAAUAUUGUCAGACAGCAUGUAUAUUCCCAUCUUUAGCACCUUCCUGUUCAAUUCACCACACCAAAAGGAUAAUACCCAAAUGAUUUGUGAAGAUCGGAAUAUCCUUAGUAGGUCUUUGAAGCUACCCACUGUGUGGGAAUGGUCUGUGCAAUUUGAGAAUUCUGUUCAAGCACUCUUUUAUAAUCCACUUUAUAUUGGAAAGCCAAAACCUGGAAAUGUUAGAAGAACACAACGUGUUAAGGAUUCUGCACAGAACCACUUGGAGAUUGUCCAUGAAAAUUUUCUGGAUGUACCAGAGCCUCAGCGCCAGAUGUCACUGCCAUCCAGCCCAUCUUAUCAGUCGAGACCUUCACCCAAAAAAGGAUUUUUGAGGGAAGAGACUGAUAACUUGAUAAAGACAUUUUUAGGCAAAAAGAUAAGCAGAUUAACAUUCACCGCUGAGGAUUCUUCGAUUGACUGCCGACUAUUCUAUGAAAAUUGGUGCAGUAAACCAAUAGAUCAUCAUGGACUGUUGCUUCCUCUACAUAAUGGUCCAGCUUUGAGAGUUUGGGCACAGCGAUAUUUGCGCUGGAUUCCAGAGGUUCAAAUACUGGGAGGCAGUUCAACAAUUGCUCUGAACAAAGCCUGUGAAAUUGCAGAUGAGAUAAAACAUUUACAGACCAAAGUAUCUGAGAGGAUGCUCAAAAAGCAACCAAGCUCACCAAGUGCCGACAUCUUUGCACCAUUUCAACAGGGCAGCCGACUUUCUACAACUUUUCCAUUUGGCACGUUACGUAGGCAUUCUAUAAAGCCCCGCAUUCCAGUUUCUACAAACCUGUCAAUGAGUUUUGGGUCAAUGGAGAACUUGCCAGAUGACGAGGAAGAACUUGGUUUGUUAUAGUGCUGAUUUUCUUUUGCCUAACAUUUUUGAUUUUGUGCUUUGCCCACUGACUUCACCAAAGUAAGUUUGCAAAAGUUUAAUUUAAUUUUUUACAUGACUGUGAAUUUCAUGAUUUUGAGUGGCAUUGUAUUCUAUGCUUGGGUUUUCUUGUUUGGCAAGUUUCAAGCUGCUGUUGGUCUUCAGCUUAUCUUUUGUUGGGAGGGUGAAGUUUAAAUUAAACCAAAACAAUGGUCAGUGACUUAAUUUACAGAACAUAUAAUGUUGACUUGUGGGCUUUUGCAUUAUCAUUGUAGAACAGUUACCAUAAAGCAGUUCCAGAACCAAGUACCAGUGCAAAGAUUUGCCAAUCUGUGAAGACAAACCAUUUUCUAAAUUGCAGAUGAUGUGUAGGAAACUUGUAUGGUAAAGAGUAAUGAUACAACUCCAUUCUAAAGAGCUUACUAGGUAAUUUACUAUUUUUUAAACCCCCCCCCCCCCAUCCCCCUAGUUUAAAUGUAUUUUAGGAAUAUUCGUUUUGUUGACUGAAACUUUCAUCAAAGAAUGAAAGUAUACAUUAAGAUGUGCACCUGCUCUUCCCCCUCUAUUUAAGAAUUUGAAUGCCAAGAAUCGGAAAAAGAUUUAUUAUUUUUCAACUGCAUUUUAGCAUUUAAUUGGGAGAAAAGUAUGUAAUAUUCACUAGCUAUUUGAAAUGAUAUUUGUUGGGAUUAUUGAUCAAUCUAAACAUGAACAUGUACAUUUACAGACGCGUUGUGUGUCUUGUGAGUAACCUUGGAGCUCUUUUCGCUACUGAGCCCUGGAAACGUUAUCCUUUUUUCCUAAUUAAAACAAAAACAAGCAAAAAAAAUCUUUGGUUUAAAUCAGCAUCUGCAAUUCCUUCUGGCACAACAAGCAGGCACUUUUUUUUAAUCGCCGUCUCAUUUUAGAAAAUGACACAAUGUAUCAAAAUCUGCAACGUCCAACCAUAAGAAUAUAAUUGUCAAGCUGCACAUUGGGUUCUUGCAACUUCUAAUAUACCUAUAUCACUAACAGAACCAGAGACUUGGCCACAAGCCUCUACAGUAAUGGUUUGACUUUAGCACUAGUAGGUAUGACUGAACAAUCUUUAUCACCAGUAUUCUGUUGAGAGAGCUGAUACCACUUAAAGCACCUGACUGUGUUCUAGUUAAUCUUCUGCACCUCUGGUUACAGUAGUGAGUGUUGGGGAGGCAAAAUCUCGUGAACACUACUGGGCAGAUUUGAUAUAUGAACUGAAUGAUGACAGGUUUGGGAUUCAUGUUGUGCCUGCUAAAGCUAGUACUUAUAGUGUAGUGCUUAAGUGCUGGUGUGUUGCCAGUUUGUUUAUGAUAAUUUUAGUAACUUCGGAAGAAAAUUAGGAUUUUAAAACAAAAUAUAAACUAAUUUAAUCCGUCUCUUUGUAAAAUUUGGACUCAAAAGAAUUCAGACUGACUGAUCUUCAAUCCAGUUACUACUGGCCUAAUUAAAUUUGCUCUGUUUAGUAAUCUGAAGUCGGAAACUUUGGUUAUUUUCCUUAGCACGUCUGCUUCAUUGUUCAACUUGACCUGUUAUUUUGAGCAGAUUAAGUAUACUAAAUUGAUGCAGCGUACUCUUCUAAAUGAAGCACCAAACUGGGUAGCAACAAAAAGAGCACAGUGCCUCAAUACAGAUUUUUUUUUUAAUG